AUGAAACUACCAACUGCUGUACUAUCAUCAAUCCUGCUUAUUUGUUCAGUUACUAUUGCCAAACCAAUCCGUCCCAGUUCGACUACAAGUGCCGAGUCUAGUCCUUCGUUAAUUCCUGUUAGCGGUCCUGUAGACUGGAGUGACGUCUUUUCGGCUUCGCGUGAGAUGAGAGGAUUUCUCAAAAGCUACUUGGAAAUACAAAGUAGCUAUGAUGAACAUAAAAAAGAAUGCGACCUGAUAGAGCUUCGACAUAAUAAUUAUUGGAAAAUGAUAAAUUUUAUGGAAACAAGGAUCUCGGAAUUGAAAAGUAAAGCUCUAAAAGACAGAACUAAGCUAAAAAAUGAUGAUGACGAUGCUGAGAUAAAGAAGCUCGAGAAAAGACUUGAAGAAAAACGUUCCGACUUUGUCGAUCUUAAAAGACAACAUAACGGGUGCAAAGUUACAAGUGAUUGUUUCGAUCAAGAAUUGAUACUUGUCAAAACAAGUAUCGUACAGUACUUUAUGGAAAGCCGUUUCGAUCAAGAAUUGCUCGAGAAACAAUUUUCGCAAGUCCUCUCAAAUUCCAUCAUUAAAAAAUGUCUCGACGAAUUAUGUCAAGAAUCAUCAGCAUGUAGUGGUGGUUCAGAUCAAGAUCCAGAGCCGUUACCGCAAAUACAGCCUGAAUCUAGCUCCUUUGGACAGAGAUUCGCUUCCUUUAAGCAGAGAUUUGCCACUUUUGGACAGGGAUUUUCCUCCCUUAAACAAAGAUUUACCACCUUUAGACAGAAAGCUUCCACUGGUUUACGUAAAGUUGCCUCUAAACUUAGUCAUGGAGCUAACUUACUCUUGAGUCGAAUCAGGCGUGAACCCAAAGAUAAUUGA